CCACCUGCCAAGCACCCAGGGGCCUGGUUACUGGAUUUAGGGUCUGGUGCUUCAUCCUUACACCAGCUGCAUCCCACUGUGGCGAGGGGCUGGCCACAGGAACAAGGCAGGAAUCGGUGCCUUUAGGCAGCGGAAGAGCUUUGAGGCUGCUUUUUGCAUAGGACACAAGGUCCAUGUUCUGUCCCCCUUGCUAGUGCCCUCGCUAGCUUGCUGUGAGAGUUAAGUUUCCUGUGUGGUUUCAAAGCGUGCGGCCAGGGGAGGCGGCCGUUUCCUCUGCACACUGGAGCCCCACAAGCCGAACGGGCCGAGUCUCACCCCAGUCCCUCAGGGUCUCGCUCUGAUUUUCCCUCUUCUUCCCGUUCGCUGGGAGACGAAGGCAGCGACUCUGGAGGAUGCAGGACGAAGAGGGUUACACGGUAUUGAAUCUCCGGCCCAAGAUGGGAACCGCCAGCCGCCCGUCUGCGGCGGGGAUCCAAGGUUCUCCUGCGAAGCUGCGUGGGUAUAAAAUCACCAUCGGCGUUUUGGGGGCCUGGAGCGUUGUGGCGACGCUGGCUGUGAUCGCGCUGAGCAUUCUGGGUUCAUCUCAGGAAGGACUGACAGGAGCAGCGCCGAAUGCCACCGCGAGCUGUGGUGCCCAGCGGGGAGAGAGAAACGGGGCAGAGUGCAGUGCCCAUCUGACCCACCUAGUGGCACGCCUGAGCCAGGCUCUGUGUGCUCCCAUCAACAGCAGCUCCCGGGAGGGCACUGGCUGCAAAAUCUGUCCCCCAGACUGGCUGCCACAUGGUGCCAAAUGCUACUGGUUUUCUACAGAGAGUAAAAUCUGGUCCGGGAGCCGUGCGGACUGCUCAGCGAGGAGCGCUGGCAUGGUGGUGAUCCAGGAGCAGGAUGAGAUGGAGUUCCUGGGGAGCAGCAUUCAAGAGAAGUACCUUGUCUGGACUGGCCUCAGUGCAAACGGGACCUGGAGGAAAUGGACCUGGGUGGAUGGAUCCUUGUUAAAUCAGACGCUGUUCCCCGUGAAAGGAGCCGCCGAAGAGAACAGCUGUGGGGUGAUCAAAGGGAGUCAGAUCCAGUCGGAAACCUGCAGCGGUGAAUACAGAUGGAUUUGCCAGAAGGACGCCAUCCAAAUAGACAGAGGAAUAAGCGAUCUGUAGAGCCCUGCCAAUCUGCAGGGAUCCGCUUUAUAUGCAUACACUAUUUUUGCAGAUCGGAUGCGGAUACAAAUUCUGUAUCUGUGCAGGGCUGUGGCAAUCUGCACUUGCAGAGCCGAGAGGUAAUAACUCCUAGCUGUAAUGUGCAGCGCUGAGAUUUUUAAAGGGGCCUGUAUUUUAUUUUCUAUUAAGUGCUCAGCUGGAACAUAGGAUCCCAAACCUGCAGAGACUGAUGCAUGUGCUUCACUCUAAUCACCUAUGUAGCCCUUUUUGCAGGAUUCAGACAAUGACUCUGGCCCAGACCCUCAAAGCUAGUUAGGUGCCUAGCUCCCAGUACGAGUUAAGCACUUAAAUACCUCUUGAGGAGAUAGGAGGGGCUGGGCCUUUCUGCCUCAGUUUCCCCCUGCUGGCCCCUUGGUGCUUCUCCCAGGCUGGGCACUCAGAGUCUUCAGACUCUGGGGAGAUGCAGCUUCUGAGCAUGGCCAGCUCUGCUCUGCUCUGCUCUGCGCUGUCAAUGGAGGGCUCAAACUUCAGAGCCAAAACCUUUGCCUUCUCCCAUGU